AUGUGGAUAAUAGGAGGAGAUUUCAAUGACCUCACUUCCAACAAUGAUAAAUGUGGAGGAUCUUACAGAGAUGAGAGCAUUUUUCUUUCAUUCAGAUCAUUUAUCCAGUCUAUGAGAAUGGUUGAAGUCCCCUUCACAGGUUAUCCAUAUACCUGGAAUAACUGCAGGCAAGGAGAUAGCUUCAUUGAAGAAAGAUUAGACCGGUUCUUUUCAUCUCCAGAUUGGAGCCUUGCCUUUCCUCAAACCAGAGUCAAGCACAUCCCUCUGUUAUCAUCUGAUCACUCUUUGAUCCUUCUGUGCACAAAUGAAGAUACUUUCAAUACUAAGAAGAGAUUCUAUUUUGACUCAAGAUGGGUAAAGGCUGAAGGUUUCUCCUCCACUGUUGAAAAAGCUUGGAACAAGGAUCAUAGUCUUACAGAUGAUUUGUAUGACAUUCAGGAAAGAAUUAAAAAUGUCAGAAUUGCUCUUUUGAAGUGGAAAUUCACAUUAUUGCCUAAUUCCAAGAGAACUCUGGACUCUUUUAAAAUCAGACUGGAUGCACUCAAUCAGCAAGGGUCUUCUAAAGACUGGAAUGAGUGGAAUGAAACCAGACAUCUCCUUCACUUAGCUUAUGCCGAAGACGAGAUAUAUUGGGCUCAAAAAGCUAGAAUCAAUUGGCUUAAGGCAGGCGACAAGAACUCCAAAUAUUUCCAAGCGUCUGUCACCCAAAGGAGAAAGACUAACAGUUUAGAGGGUCUGAUAUCUUCUUCAGGAACCUGCUGCUCCUCACAGGAAGAAAUCCUCCAAGAAAUCCAUAAUCACUUUGGCCAAUUCUAUAAAUCCACUAUGCCAGUUCAUGAGUGGUACAGCCUGGAGGGAAUCACUCGCACUAUUACUGAAGAAAUGAAUUCUAAUCUUACUAGGACUGUUACAUUGGAGGAACUCAAACAAGCCUUGUGGGAAAUGCACCUUCUAAAAGCUCCGGGAAUCGAUGGUAUGUCUCCUUCCUUUUUCCAAGCUUCCUGGAAUACCAUCCACUCCUCUAUGUUCAAAGCUGUCCAAUCCUUCUUCUCCACAGGUGUUAUGCCCAACCCUGUCAACAAAACAACCAUCACUCUCAUUCCUAAAAACAACUAA